CCACCUUGGCGUGGCAACCAUUGGCCCCGCAUCUCUCUCUCUGCUCUCCCUUACUUACUAUUUAAUCACAUACCGCUACAACCAAUUCGAAACCAUUUUCCAUAUAUCAGAGCAAAUCUCAAAUAAUUCAUAAAGAUGUCUUCUUUGUCCACGUCUUGCUUCACUGGUUCUGUACUUCGAAUCCCUUCUCUUCUUUCUCCUCAGAAUCUCAAUCAGAGGUCUUUGUUGUCACUAACUGGGAACCCAGAUCGAAUUCGUGGCAAUCGGAUUGCAUGCAAGAACUUAAACUUCUGUUCGAAGGCUAGUCUGAGAGGGAAUUUGGAGGCCACCGGAGUUCCGACGUCGGUGCCGGUGCGUGUGGCUCACGAGCUUCUUCUAGCCGGACACAAGUAUUUGGAUGUCAGGACUCCUGAAGAGUUUAGUGCAGGACAUCCAUCUGGUGCAGUUAACAUUCCUUACUUGUACAAAGUUGGAUCAGGGAUGUCAAAGAACCCAGAGUUUGUGAAGGAAGUGUCAUCACAUUUCAGAAAACAUGAUGAAAUUAUUGUUGGAUGUCAGCUCGGGAAAAGAUCAAUGAUGGCUGCAGCUGAUCUUGUAGCUGCUGGUUUCUCUGGGAUUACAGACAUAGCUGGUGGGUAUGCUGCUUGGACUCAAAAUAGACUUCCAACAGAGUUGUGAAAGAGAAAGCUCUAGGCUGUCGAAUCCUCACCUGGGAAACUUAAGGCCAAGUGAAACAAAUCACAAAUAAAGUGGCAAUAGAGCCUUGGAGAAGAAGCAUGCAUCCAGAACAAAAUGAAGAAGAAACAUACAAGGGUAAUGUCUAAUUACUCUAAUGCAAUAUCUGUAAUUGCGUAGCUUACUUAGUUAAAGAAGUUGGAGAAUUGCAUCAAAUUUGCAUGUAUAUAUGUACUUUAUGCGUGGAGUUCACAACUACUAACUGAAACCAGUUGUAUUGAAUUAAUAAAUUCAGUUGAGUAAGAUUGGUAUCUCAGAUUGCUAACUGAUGAAAUACAUUAUGGGUGAAGGCCGUCAAGCAACAGACGGUUUUGGUAUAUAUACGACGUAAUGUUUUGUAAUUC